AUGCCUCUCAAGGUUUUGCUGCCGAUACAGGAAUUCUCAACCCUCGAUCUCACUCUCGCCGACGCUGCAGCAGACAUCGAAGCGAGUGUCAAGGAGCUUGAAAUCGCCAAUUUCCCAUAUAGCAAGACUACCGACGCCCUCUGCUCUAGAUCUUUCCGGAUGCUCGAGUCGCUCACAAUCCAAUGGACACUCGAAAACAACAGUCUCAACGCUAUGUGGCCCGAAGGGAAUAUCCUACUCCUCACGAAGGAUUGUGCGCCGCGACUCAGGCGCCUCGCCUAUUCCUCGGGCAGUCUAGCCUCCCUCGAUAUCCUGUGGUCCCUCACGCAUCUUGCGCUCCACAACGUCAUGGAGAGUCGUAUACACGAUGGAAUCACAACCAUGCUUUCCGCGUGCCAUGCCCUCGAAUCGCUGCAUCUUGAAGGCGUCACAGAUUUUGACCACCAGUUAAAUUGGGCGGGGGACGCCAACGUUUCGUAUCCUCCUCGUCUUUUACCUGGCGGCAUUUCGAAAGCCAUCAUCGGGAGAUACCCCCGACCCAGCUGGCCUUCCGAACGUGGGCCCCCUUUCGUGUGGGGAAUAACGCUGUCUAGCUUGGAGCAUACCGUCCGCCGAACUGGGGAGGCGUUGACAGACAUCAUCGACAUGCUCUAUCGAGAGGGCGCCGGCAGCGGCGCAUUUGAGGGCGUGCAGGAGCUGUGGCUUUCGGACGUCUUCCCUACUACCUGCGACGAGCUAAACACGCUGCACUCUCCCGAAGCGAAUCAAGUUCGUGCCCUCAUCCAAUGCAUGUCCGGACUCGAGUGCGUGACGCUCGUGAACCAGUUCCAGUCGCCAUGGACCGGUGCCCCCUCAAGCCUCCGUCUGCUCCCCGAUGCACGGGAAGACGGACGUUUCGGAUCUCGCCCAGCUACGGUACGCAUUGCGUACGGGUACGGAGAGUACGUCGUGGAACGAUGGUCCGAGCCUCGACCGAAGCUAGUCCCCGCCGUGCCGCCCCUGGACCUCACUGGCAUCCUCGAAGAGCUCGCGACUGGUGCCUACAGCUACAUCGAGAAACUGGUGAUCGAGGUUCCUCGUCGUGUGGACGUCGACAUGGGAGACAUCGAGCAGCGCCGCGCGCGCGUUGGGAUAGUGGACCUGAGGGUGGUGGAUUCGACCCCGACGAUGGAACUCCCGGAAUAUUGUGCUGAACCCGCCGCGAUUCUGAGCGACGAGCCGUGGCCAUACAGACUUUGGUAA